GUCAGAUGUACUCAGUACAAUGUGAUUGUAUCAUCCACUAAAAUGUGCUGCAACUGGGAUCGGUUUGAUCUUUGACAGCUUGAAGUUGUUUAGCACUUUCGCAUACUAGAAAACAGAGAAUGGCAAGAGAUUCUUGGCCUUACUUUGAUCCCGAGUAUGAGACUCUGAGUAUCAGAAUAAACCCCCCACAGGUCUCUGUGGACAACACCAGUUGCAACGACUGUACCCUGGUCAAGGUUGACAGCAUGAACAAGCCGGGGAUACUACUGGAGGUGGUGCAAAUCCUUACGGAUCUUGAUCUUAUAAUUACCAAAGCAUACAUAUCUUCAGAUGGAGGCUGGUUUAUGGACGUGUUUCAUGUCACUGAUCCACAUGGGCAGAAAAUUGCAGACAGCAAAACUAUUGAUUACAUAGAAAAGGUCUUAGGUCCCGAGGGACAUACCUCAGACAUAUUGAAGACUUUGCCUGGGAAGAGGGUGGGGGUGAACUCUAUGGGUGACUAUACGGUCAUUGAGCUUAUAGGCAGGGACCGUCCAGGUCUCUUAUCCGAGAUUUCUGCUGUGCUUGCCAAUCUUCAUGUUAACGUUGUUGCUGCUGAAGUUUGGACUCAUAACAGGCGUAUAGCAUGUGUCCUUUAUGUUAAUGACGAUACGACCUGUCGUGCUGUGGAUGACCCCUCUCAGUUAUCUGCUAUGGAGGAGCAGAUAAAAAACAUUCUUCAAGGUUGUGGAAAUGGCGAUAAACUAGCUCAUACGAGUUUCUCCAUGGGUUCAACCCAUGUUGAUAGACGACUUCACCAAUUGUUGUUUGCAGAUAGGGACUAUGAAGGUAAUUGUUCAUCAACGGAGCCAGAUUUUCCUCCAUCGUUCAAACCAAAGAUCUCGAUUGACCGAUGUGAGGAGAAAGGGUACUCGGUGGUCACUGUUAGGUGCAAAGAUAGGCCAAAGCUUUUGUUUGACAUCGUCUGCACCCUCACUGAUAUGCAAUAUGUUGUUUUUCAUGCCACCGUCUCGUCUGACAGCCCCUAUGCCUCUCAGGAAUAUUAUAUUCGUCACAUGGAUGGUUGCACCCUAGACACUGAAGGAGAGAAAGAAAAGGUAAUCAAGUGUCUUGAAGCUGCAAUUCGACGCAGAGUGAGUGAGGGUCUAAGCUUGGAGCUAUGUGCAAAGGACCGGGUAGGACUACUUUCAGAAGUAACACGAGUUCUUCGAGAAAAUGGGCUAUUGGUUACAAGAGCAGGCGUCUCAACUGUAGGGGAGCAAGCAAUGAAUGUCUUCUAUGUGACUGAUUCUUCUGGAAAUCCAGUAGACACGAAAACAAUUGAAGAACUGCGCAAAGAAAUUGGACACACAAUGAUGCUUAAUGUGAAAAAAGAUCCAACAAAUAGAAAGGCACUAGAAGCAAGUGGAUGGCCGAAGACGAGCUUCUUUUUUGGAAGCUUAUUGGAGAAGUUCCGCCCUUGAACUCGACAGACGUUCUUACAACAUGUGAGGGCAAAACACGACCAUAGUUGCUAAAUACUCUUCAUAAUGCUUUUUCUUAAACAUGAAAUGUUGAUUCCAAUAUUUGAAGAACCUGUGGAAAGAUUAUAUGGAAAUGACUAUAAAUGAACAUGGCAUCGUGUUACUUAUUGGUGACUUUUAUCAUUAAUUGUUGGUGCCAAUAGGUAAAGUUGAUGCUUGAGUGGGCUGUUUCAGCUACGAAUUGCAUAGAGAUUCGUUUAAGGUAUGUUUGGACAAUGCAAUGAAUAAAAAUGUAGCUAGCUUCACUUUC